AUGGCGGAAAGACAGACAGAAAGUAUAGCUGAGAACAUGUAUAUUCAGUGGAAUAUUAUUAUAGUGUUGACCGUGCUAAUUUCUGGCUGCCCUCAAGUUUGUGCGGACGAGAUUUAUGUGCUUUACAAUCCAGUAAGCAGAUCGUUCACAGCUUCACAGGGGAAGCUGGAUGUGUAUGUAGCCCAUGCUGUCUUUAACAAUACCAUACAGGAGACGGGGUUCUCCUCUCUGGAGAUCCAGACUAGCGGAAGUUAUCCUGACGACAUACAGGCGUAUGCCGCCGGAUGGGCGGAGGGAUACCUUACGAAAAAUCUCAUUUCUGACCACUGGGCAAACACCGCGCAUGGAUAUUGCAGCAGUCCACCGACGCCGUACUGCAGGAGACUUCGAAUCUUUCUGGAGCAAAACCUGCGAUGGAUGAAAAACGCAAUAGAGAAAAACGUGGAAAGUCCGUAUUGGCACCAGGUCAGUCUGUUUUUGAUACAAGUGAAUGGCAUGACUGACGGAUAUCGGAAUACAACUUCACCCCCUACCUUCACAGUGGCUGAUCCACUGGGCCUGUUAUUUCUUCAGAUACAGGAUGAUGUCUAUGACCUGGAAAACGUUCUUCACAAAGAGAACAUGAACCACAUUUUCGGAGGCGAGAAAUGUUCUGCUUUGAUCAAACUGUUGCCAGGCAACGAGGACAUUUUGGUGGCACAUGACACAUGGUCAAGUUACAAAACCAUGCUUCGGAUCAUUAAAAAGUAUGACUUGUCUUUUGGGGCAAACACACGCUCUGGCGUUAUACCGGGAAAAGCUGUGUCGUUCUCGUCAUACCCUGGAACGUUAAUUUCCACCGAUGAUUUUUACAUCAUGUCUUCAGGACUGGUGUCAUUGGAGACGACAAUCGAUAACGACAACUCCACUUUAUGGCAGCACGUGAAGUCGUCUGGCCAGGUGUUGGAAGCCAUACGUACGGUCGUCGCCAAUCGCUUAUCUAACACCGCGAGGGAUUGGGCCAACACCUUUGCGAAGUUCAACAGCGGCACGUAUAACAACGAGUGGAUGAUCGUGGACUACAAAGAAUUCCAUCCACAUCGACCUUUACCAGAUCGUGGUGUUCUCAUAGUCUUAGAACAAAUACCCGGCUUUGUUGAAUAUGAAGAUAUGACGCAAUGGCUGAAGGUGAACUCGUAUUGGGCCAGUUAUAAUUUACCGUUUUUCCCGGACGUGUAUAAUAUGAGCGGUAAAGAGGCUCUCCGAGAGAAACACGGAGAUUUCUUUUCUUAUUCCAAUUCUCCACGAGCACGGAUAUUUCGCCGUGACCAGGGAAAGGUAGUGGACGUUCACUCUAUGAUGAAACUAAUGAGGUAUAACGACUUCCAACAUGACCCCCUGUCACGGUGUCAGUGUGAGCCACCGUAUAGCGGGGACAACUCUAUCUCGGCGCGGAAUGAUCUGAAUCCCGCCAACGGGACUUAUCCUCUUCGUGCUCUGGGCUCCAGUGCUUUCGGUGGAAUAGAUAUGAAGUUGACAAACUAUGCCAUGUCCCAGAUGAUGGAGAUGAUCGUUAUCAGUGGGCCUACUUUUGAUCAGCAACCACCAUUCCAGUGGAGUACAUCACAGUUUUCUAACGUGUCCCACAGAGGUCAACCGGACUUGUUUAAGUUUGACCCUGUUCAUGUUUCAUGGGGAGUCUGAUUAAA